AUGAGUGGAAAGAUUUUCACACCAGUCAAUCAAGUGCGAUUCACGAACGUCGCGGUAGUUCGACUUCAGAGGAGCGGCAAACGUUUCGAGAUCGCCUGCUACAAGAACAAGGUCAUCGAAUGGAGAAAAAAGAUCACGACCGAUCUCGAUGAGGUCCUGCAAACGCCCACCAUCUUCACCAACGUGGGCAAGGGCGUCAUCGCCAAGAAGGCCGAAUUGUCCAAGGCCUUCAACACGACCGAUCAGGAGAAGAUCAUCCAGAUGAUUCUCGAUAAGGGCGAGAUCCAGGUAUCGACCGAGGAGCGCAAGCUGCAGCUCGACAAUUCGUUCAAGGACAUCGCGCAAAUCGUCGUCGAGAAGUGCAUCAAUCCCGAGACGGGACGGCCGCUCACGGUGGGCAUGGUCGAAAAGGCGAUGAAGGACAUACACUACUCGGUCAAGGCUGGGAAGAGUCCCAAGCAGCAAGCGCUCGACGUGAUCCGUCUGCUGCGCGAGAAGUCCGAUUUCCCCAUCGCCCGCGCGCCCAUGCGAAUGAAGAUGAUCCUGCCCGAGGGCGACCUGGACAAGGUCAAGACCGAGCUCAAGGACGAGAUCCAGAAGAUCGAGCGCGAGGACAAGAACGGUGAGAGGCGGGAGGUCGUCAUCCUCAUCGAUCCCAGCAACUUUCGGUUCGUCGAGGAGACCAUCAAGAAGCAGACCAACGAGGCCGGCGCCGUCGAAGUCCUCACCCUCAUCGUGCACUCCGAAGGCGAGUCCAACAUCGAGUAG